AUGAAAGGACCUGCUGCCGCCGCCGCCGCUACCGCUGCUGUGCCAAAGGGCCCAAUCAAGAUCAGCUACACCCUCGGCUUGCUGGCCAUGCUCACCGGCUGCUACCUCGGAAGCGUCGCCGUCCAGGCCUACUACAAAGUCGAUAUGACCAUUCCGGACUAUGUUGGGGAACUGAGCCGGCUGCGGGACGAAGAGGCGUCGACUGGACCCAAGCCAAGCAGCCAGUAA